GACGCCGAGGCCGCCAUAUUGGCAGUGAGACAGCAGCCGGGCAGCGGGAGGGACGUAACUGGCGAGAAAGUCCGGCCGCAGAGGGGAAAUGUUGCACUCGUACGGGUACAUGGGGGGCCGGGAGGAGUAUCAGUACUCGGGGCCAACGCAGCACCGCUUCUCGCCUUAUACCUUCAACGGAGGAACUGUGCUGGCCUUAGCUGGGGAAGACUUUUGCAUUGUUGCUUCAGAUACACGACUGAGCGAAGGUUAUUCCAUUCACAGCCGAGACUCGCCCAAGUGCUACAAAUUGACAGACCAAACGGUGAUUGGAUGCACUGGAUUCCAUGGAGACUGUCUUACACUAACAAAAAUCAUUGAUGCAAGAUUAAAGAUGUACAAACAUUCAAAUAAUAAGACUAUGACGAGUGGAGCAAUAGCAGCAAUGCUUUCCACCAUUCUGUACUCUCGACGGUUUUUCCCUUACUAUGUUUACAAUAUCAUUGGCGGCCUUGAUGAAGAAGGGAAGGGUGCAGUGUACAGCUUUGACCCUGUAGGAUCCUAUCAGCGAGAUGCUUACAAAGCCGGCGGCUCGGCCAGUGCCAUGCUGCAGCCACUUCUGGAUAACCAGAUUGGAUUCAAGAAUAUGGAGUCAGUAGAACAUCUCCCCCUCACUCUGGAGAAAGCAACACAGCUAGUUAAAGAUGUUUUCAUCUCUGCAGCUGAGAGAGAUGUUUAUACUGGUGACUGUCUAAAGAUUUGCUUCAUUACAAAAGACGGAAUCAGAGAGGAGUCGCUGCCUCUUCGGAAAGAUUAACAUCAAAAGCCCUUGCUGUUCAGAAUAACAUUACUGCUGAUUUUAGUCAUUUUUGUUUCAUGCCAUUAAUGCUCCUGAAUGUACCUGCAUCAGCUGUUCCUUUUGUAUGUUUUGAUGUAAUAUACUAAGACAUAUAAAAUUUCACCCAGUAAACUUUAUUGCAGCUUUUGCACUCUUUCUAAGAGAAACAACCCUGGUAAUUCUGAAAGCAUUUGAGCCACAGGUGGGUUUUAGUUUUCCUGCAGAAAUUUCCCCCUUUUAUUUUGCCAGUAUCGUCUGAGAUCUUUCACUCCUUAUUGAGGUUUGAUUUCACAAGACAUUGUUGGUCUCAAAGAAUUAAAUGGGGAAUGCAGAAACUGCACUUUGUCCAGUGGGAAAUUCAGUGCCACAGUAUGGUUGGGGCAAAUAGUCUGGUUCCUGGUGUGUUACUUAAGUAAAGCAUUGAUCUCAGCCUAGACUAGUUGUUCUAUUUAAAACGCUGCUUGUCGUGAGUCAAAACGGCUGUCCCUCACUAUGCAAAGCACUGAUGACUGAGUGUGAUGUUGCUCAUGAUGUUUGCAUCUCAUAGCAAAAUGAAGCAAUUAUCUAAUUUGGGUAUUGGGCAUUUAAAAGAGUGGUGGCUGGCAUCUGCUCCUGCCAUCUCCAUUUUCCCUGUUUCUCUUGAGGGACAGUGUGAAAGCAUUCCAGACAUUCAGUUUCUAAAAGCACAUUUGUUGUGUUUCCUUUUGCAAGGUUUGAAGGUUUAAAACCUGUAUGGCUCAUGGCCUGAACAUCAUUUUAUAAAGUUUCUUGGCCUGUUUUUA